GUCGGCGCAAACGCUUUCAUUUCUUGAGCUACGGUGACUAAGAUGGAAUCGAUUUUGGAGUCGCGGUCGGGACACUGGGCCGGGGGUCCGGCUCCUGGACAGUUCUACCGCAUUCCUCCCACUCCUGGAUCCAUCGUGGACCCGGCAUCCGUGCUCUAUGGGAGUCCGAUUACGCGCACCCAGAACCCCAUGGUGACCGGGACCUCGGUUCUGGGAGUCAAGUUUGAGGGCGGAGUGGUGAUUGCAGCAGACAUGCUGGGCUCCUAUGGUUCCUUGGCUCGUUUCCGCAACAUCUCUCGCAUUAUGCGAGUCAACAACAGCACCAUGCUGGGUGCUUCAGGAGACUACGCUGAUUUCCAAUAUUUGAAGCAAGUUCUCGGCCAAAUGGUGAUUGAUGAGGAGCUGCUGGGAGAUGGACACAGCUAUAGUCCUAAAGCUAUCCAUUCGUGGCUGACCAGGGCCAUGUACAGCCGCCGCUCCAAGAUGAACCCCCUGUGGAACACCAUGGUCAUCGGAGGCUAUGCUGAUGGAGAGAGCUUCCUGGGUUACGUGGACAUGCUUGGUGUAGCCUAUGAAGCCCCUUCGCUGGCCACUGGUUAUGGUGCAUACCUGGCUCAGCCUCUGUUGCGAGAAGUUCUGGAGAAGCAGCCAGUGCUGAGCCAGGCCGAGGCCCGAGAGCUAGUGGAACGCUGCAUGCGAGUGCUGUACUAUCGAGAUGCCCGUUCUUAUAACAGGUUUCAAAUUGCCACUGUAACCGAAAAAGGUGUUGAAAUAGAAGGACCCCUGUCUGCAGAGACCAACUGGGAUAUUGCCCACAUGAUCAGUGGCUUUGAAUGAAAUAUAGAUAGAUGCAUUUUCCAGAACUGAAGUGGUACUUCUAACUUUGAACGUGGCUGGUUCAGAGAUACAGUUCUUUUGUAAAAUAAAUAAAUCCUUUAAAACAUU